GCGGAGGGAGCGGGAGGGCCGCCGCCUGCUCGACCUCGCCGCCGACUGCGGCUUCGACCGCGGCCUCGCCGCCAGCUGCCUCGCCCGCCUCCACCAGAUCUACGGGGAGGAUGGCAUGGGUUUGGUUACCGUUGAGAACUGCGGCGAUGAUUUCCUUGCCUCGCUGGCUGAUGCCACACAGCCUACUGAUGACUGGGACGACCUGAAAGGGAUUGAGACCGAAGCGUGUGGCAAUUUGAAUGAUAUGAUGAUGAAGAAUGCACCUGACUGUAAUCGAGGAGUUGCUAUGGACGGUUCUCUUACCUUCAGAGAGACAGAUUCGUUUGGUCACCGCGCUCCUGAUGAUUUGGAGGCUUUUGAAUUUCCCUCAGAUGGUUCAGAUUUUGACAUGGGGGAUGGAAUUGAUAACUUUCGCAACAAUUCUUCCAGUAUCCAAAGGCAAGCGCAAUCUAGAAACUCUGGAAUGCAGAGCCGGAGCUCGGCAAAGUCUACUGUGACCGGGGGAGCCAACAGAUAUGAGUCAACGACUCCCACUUCAAAUAGAGAGAGGCAUCCAGCUGCAUUUCAUCAAAAGAGAGAAACUCUUAAUUAUGAGCAGCUUAGUUGUCUUGACGAUGUCAACUUUGCUAAUGUUGUCAUCUUUGGCAACAAAAGCUUCAGGCCUCUGCAGUAUGAAGCUUGCAGGGCUGCAAUGGAUAAUCAAGACUGUUUCAUACUUAUGCCAACUGGUGGUGGGAAGAGCCUGUGUUAUCAGCUUCCAGCAACAUUGCACCAAGGUGUCACUGUUGUUGUAUGCCCAUUGCUGUCGCUUAUCCAGGAUCAGAUUGUGGCAUUAACCUACAAGUUUGCGAUACCGGCAGCAUUCUUAAAUUCUCAGCAAACUCCUGCUCAGGCAUCUGCAGUAAUCCAAGAGCUCAGAUCCGGCAAGCCAUCCUUCAAACUUCUAUAUGUAACUCCAGAAAGAAUUGCUGCAAACUACACGUUUAUGGAGAUCCUUAAAGGUUUAGAUCAGAGGGGACUGCUAGCAAGAUUUGUGAUCGAUGAAGCACAUUGUGUAAGUCAAUGGGGACAUGACUUCCGUCCAGAUUACCGUGGCCUAGGAUGCCUCAAGCAGAACUUCCCUAGGGUCCCAAUCAUGGCUUUAACUGCAACAGCAACUGAAUCUGUCCGUAAGGAUGUCCUUGGUGCUUUAAGGAUAUCUAAUGCUGUCAUUCUCAAGAGGAGCUUUGAUAGACUGAAUCUCAACUAUGAGGUGAUCGGCAAGGCGAAAACUGCCCAGAAGCAGCUGGGUGAUCUCCUGAAAGAGCGCUUCAUGAACAAAUCUGGCAUUGUGUACUGUCUCUCGAAGAAUGAAUGUGCAGACACCGCCAAGUUCUUGAGGGAGAAAUACAAGAUCAAAUGCGCGCAUUACCAUGCUGGCCUGGCAGCUCGUCAGAGAACCAGUGUCCAAGAAAAAUGGCACAGUGGGGAGGUCAAGGUCAUCUGUGCUACCAUAGCCUUUGGCAUGGGGAUCGACAAGCCUGAUGUGCGCUUUGUCAUCCACAACACCAUGUCGAAAUCAAUAGAAAGCUACUAUCAGGAGUCCGGGAGGGCAGGAAGAGACAACCUUCCUGCACAUUGCAUUGUUCUGUACCAGAAGAAAGACUUCAGUCGCAUUGUGUGCAUGCUGAGGAACGCUGACAACUUCAACAGCGAGAGCUUCAGGGCGGCGAUGGAGCAAGCUAAGAAGAUGCAAUCAUACUGUGAGCUGAAGACUGAAUGCCGGAGGCAGGCGCUCCUGGAGCACUUUGGUGAGCAGUACAGCAGGCAAAGAUGCAGAGACGGCCCCAGCCCCUGCGACAACUGCCUGAAGACAUAGUUUUAGGAAAAUUAGGCAUGGCCAUAACCUCCAUGAUGCCUGGUCCACUUCGGACCUAGAUGUGAACUUGUCACGCCAGGUCGGCCUCUGUAUAUAUAGCAUCCAGAUUCGAGAGUCCAAACAAGUGCCACAGCUGUGCGUGAUGUGAUGCUGUACUUGCUGUAAUGUGGUCAUUUCAGUGGCCUCUUGAGGUGCAUGCUUUACCAAGAAGAUACCAAGAGCUCGUUGAACAUGCUUACUGUGAACCUCUAGUGUGAGAUACCUUUGGGUUCUCCA